AUGAAACUAAAAAAUUUUAUUAAUACAUCAGUGGUUGCUGACCUUCUAAAGAAAGGUAGCUUCAAAAAUGGUGGUGGUUAUCGAUUAUUGGACUGUGGAGUAGACUUUCAAAUGCGAAAUUAUGAUGAUUUCAUGAAAACCAAAUAUGGAAGGUUCGAGGAAAUGAUGGGAAUAGAUACGAAACAGUAUCGCGACUAUUUGGAAAAGCACAUCCCACAAGCAGUCCACAUGGAUCUUAACAUAGCUACCUAUCCUGGUCUUUAUGAACCGUAUGCCAUGUAUCCACCAGAAAUAUUUCAGAAAUAUGCUCGCUUAUUGGGUAUCAGUCGAUCGGACCAUAUCGUCUUAUAUGGUAGGCAACGCAUUGCUGGCAUGAUGGUUCCGUGUCGCAUUUCCUGGCUAUUUAAGUACUAUGGUCAUGGAGCUGUUUCUGUCUUAGAUGGUGGUUUAACAGCAUGGGAAGAUGAUGGCGGUGAAAUUACUGGAGAAAUACAGGAAGUCACUCCAGGUAACUGGAGAGCAGACCUUUGUCCAGAUUACAUUAUAACAUAUGAACAGCUUAUCGAGAAGGAUUCUAAUGGAAUGAACAUGUUUGACAAAGCCGAUCAGAUAAAUUUUUUCGAUUCGCGUCCAAGAGAUCAGUUUAAAGGAAAAGUUGAUACUAUGCUCGACCCAAAAAGAGUGAGCGGUUCACGUGUACCGGGCACAAAGUGUGCACCAGCAGUAGAAAUGAUUAAUGAAAAAGGUCGUCUAAAAGAUCCAGACGAGCUUAAAAGCUGGUUACAAAAAUGCGGUUUCAAGCAGGACCUUCCAGUCAUCUCACAAUGUCUACGUGGGAUACAGGCGUGCUUACUAAAUUCAGUCAUCGAGGAUUUGUUUCCAUUCCUACGUCCACGCGUCUAUCAUGGAUCAUGCUUUGAGCUGCAAACUCGUGAUCCGAAAAGAAUUUGUGAAUAG